CGUAGGCAAUUAAGAAUUGUGUUACAAUCACCUGAAUAAUCUAAUGUUGAAGACUUAGCCAUCUUAAUUGCUCAAUACUAUGUUAUGUCAAUCUUUGCCCAUCAACAACAAUGAACAUUGAAUAGCCUCAUAACUCCUCUGAGUCAGAACACACAGUCCAAAAAAAAAAAUGAACUUUCUUCUUGUGUUUUUGCCUUUCUUGAUCAUAGCUUUUGCCAUUUUUGAAUUGGUUCAAGCUCAAGAUCAAUCAGGAUUCAUCAGCUUAGAUUGUGGUUUGGAGCCUAAGGACACCAUGUAUGUGGAGAAGUCAACGAAUAUAACAUACAAAUCAGACGCAGAUUACAUCGACAGUGGAUCGGUCGGGAAGAUCAAUGACGCGUACAAGACUCUGUUUCAGCAACAGAUUUGGUCCUUGAGAAGCUUCCCUGAAGGUCAAAGAAACUGUUACAACUUCAACCUCACAGCGAACCGCAAAUACCUGAUUAGAGGAACUUUUAUCUAUGGGAAUUAUGACGGUCUGAAUCGACUUCCAAGCUUUGAACUUCACAUCGGUCCUAACAAUUGGACUUCUGUUUCAACCCUAGGAGUGACAAAUGGUUCUGUCCACGAGAUGAUCCAUGUCUUAACACAAAACCAGCUUCAAGUCUGUCUUGUUAAGACAGGGGAAACAACACCGUUUAUUUCGUCAUUGGAACUUCGUCCUUUGAACAGUGAUACAUACGCCACGCAAAGUGGAUCGCUGAUUGCGGUCGGAAGAGUUUACUUUUCUCCCACUCCAUCGUUUCUCAGGUAUGAUGAGGACAUCCAUGACCGAAUUUGGGUCCCAUUCUUAGAUAAGAGAAAUUCAGUACUAAGCACAGAUGUUUUGGUCGACACAAGUAACUUGUACAAUGUGCCACAAUCAUUGGCAAAAACUGCUGCAGUACCUGCAAAUGAUAGCCAGCCUCUGACAAUAGCUUGGAGUCUCGACGAGAUCACUGCACAGUCAUAUAUAUACAUGCAUUUUGCUGAAAUCCAGAAUCUUGAAGCUAAUGAGACCAGAGAAUUCAACAUUACUUAUAAUGGUGGCAAAAGCUGGUUCUCCUAUUUUAGGCCUCCAAAGUUCAGCAUAACAACUGUAUACAAUCCAACAGCUGUGAGUUCUCCAGAUGGGAAAUUCAAUUUCACUUUCGCCAUGACUAGUAACUCAACUCUUCCUCCUCUAAUCAACGCCCUCGAGAUUUAUAAAGUGUUAGACCUUCCACAUCUCGAGACAAACCAAGAUGAAGUUGUUGCUAUGAUGAACAUCAAGACAACUUAUGAAUUGAGCAAAAGAUUUAUCUGGCGUGGAGAUCCAUGUGCUCCUCAAUUAUAUCGGUGGGAAGGUUUAAACUGCAGUUAUCCAGACUCCGAGCCUCCACGGAUCAUAUCCUUGAACUUGACUGGGAGGAAUUUGAUUGGUACCAUAACAUCUGAUAUAUCCAAGCUAACACAGAUGACAGUACUAGAUUUAUCAAACAAUGAUUUACAAGGAGAGAUUCCAUUGUUUUUUGCUGAUAUGAAGUUUUUGAAACUCAUAAACUUAAGCGGAAACCCAAACCUCAAUGGGUCAGCACUUCAGCAAAAGAUGAUAGAUAACAAAUCUGUAAUAUUAAUUUUGGAUGAAAGCCAUAAUCCAACUCCGAAAAGUAAGAGUAAAAAGGUUCUAGUGAUUGCUAUCGCUGCAUCAGUGGCUGGCGUGUUUGCUCUGCUAGUUAUCUUGGCCAUCAUAUUUUUCGUCACAAGGAGAAAACAGAAAACUGCUGAAGUUCCAGGACCAUCAUUAGUAACUAGUGGUACUGUUAAUAGUGAGACAAGAUCAUCCAAUCCAUCAAUCAUAAAAAAAGAACGCAAGUUCACGUAUUCCGAGGUACUGAAGAUGACUAAUAACUUUGGGAGAGUUCUUGGUAAAGGAGGCUUUGGAACAGUGUAUCAUGGAAACUUGGAUGAUACUCAAGUAGCUGUGAAAAUGCUUUCUCAUUCAUCAGCUCAAGGUUAUAAAGAAUUCAAAGCAGAGGUGGAGCUUCUUUUAAGAGUUCACCAUAGACAUUUGGUGGGACUUGUUGGGUACUGUGAUGAUGGAGAUAAAUUAGCUUUGAUCUAUGAAUAUAUGGCAAACGGAGACCUGAGGGAGAAUAUGUUAGGAAAACGCGGUGGAAAUGUCUUAAGCUGGGAAACCAGAAUGCAAAUAGCUGUAGAGGCAGCACAAGGAUUGGAGUAUCUGCAUAAUGGAUGUAGGCCUCCUAUGGUUCAUAGAGAUGUGAAAACUACUAACAUCUUAUUGAAUGAGCGUUCUCAAGCGAAACUAGCUGACUUUGGGCUCUCUAGAUCUUUCCCAAUCGAUGGAGAAUCUCAUGUCAUGACAGUCGUUGCAGGAACACCUGGUUACCUAGACCCUGAGUACUACAGAACAAACUGGCUAAGCGAGAAGAGUGAUGUGUACAGCUUCGGUGUAGUGCUACUAGAGAUAGUCACGAACCAGCCCGUGAUAGAUAAAACCCGAGAGAAACCUCACAUUACAGAAUGGGUUGGUUUCCAGCUCACAAAUGGGGACAUCAGGAGAAUUGUCGACCCGAAGCUGAUGGAGGAUUAUGACACAAACGGUGUGUGGAAGGUUGUUGAGUUGGCUCUAGCCUGUGUAAACCCAUCUUCGAACCGUAGACCGACGAUGCCACACGUGGUGAUGGAGCUAAGUGAGUGUCUUGCCUUUGAAAUCGAAAGGAAACAAGGUAGUCAAGGUAUGUUCACAAAUACAGAGUUUAGCCCAUCUUUUGCUUCUGGUUUCGUACCUAAAGCGAGGUAAAUUGAAAGCCUUUUGAUGUGAUGUGAAGCUAUGUUGUUUUUUGUAAUCGAUUGUGUUCAUAUUGAAGUCUCGUAAGAUAUGUUCUGUGCAUAAAAGGAGGUGGUUGUUCCUCCAACAGUAUUUAGCUUUAGUAUGUGUAUAUUGCUUUGGAUCACGACAUUUUGAUAUGAAAUUCAGUAUUAGAGAG